UCCUAACACGCCGACCAACACGACUAUAUCCAUUGUAACUUGGCGCUUGUUUAAACUUGAUCGCAACUCGACGUCGCAGUCGAUCGCUGGUACUUGGUCCACUGUCAUCGCCCUAGAUUCUCGAGAACAUUGCUGGAACACGUGCGCGCAGCAUUUUUGAUAACCAUGGAUCCAAGUUUGAUAAUCGUUCACCGACGUUUUUACAUCGUUUUUCAUAAAAGCAGUUAAAAUUUCGGGUGUGAUCGUGCGCGCAGUGUAAGAUGUUGUGGCUUCGUGUGUGAACUGUGUCAAUUGUUGAAGCGAAUACAUGCAACUAACAUUUUAACUAUUUAAAUUCUAGAGAAUAUUUUUUCAACUACUGCAACAUAAUAAUGUUGAAAUUAGCUUUGAUUUUAUCAACCCUUUAUUACAUGCGCAACGUACAAGCUCAAGCUAUUGGUCCAUGUAACACUUAUGAAUGUUCCAUACAUCCACGACCACAAAAAAUCUAUUUUUCAAAUCCAAAAGAACACAAGGAGUAUGUCCCAGCUCCAAUAGGACAAAUACCAUCUUGCGCUCCACCGGGUCAGAGAUACUGCGAGUUCAUUGAUAACUAUCCAGAUGAAAUAAUCAAUAGACUGCUUUCCAAGCCUUCAGUGUCUAUCAAAGAUUUUAUUAUGGAUGAAGACCCAGCCAUUCAUUCAAGUACUAAACUUCUGGUCCUAAGGCCAAAGAUUGUUGAGCAGACUACGACAACCUACCAACCCGCUGCCUUUGAAGGAUAUGAUUACUCAAAACCCAAAGUCCCUGCUCAACUUUAUCCAACAACAUUUAGUAAACGAGUAAUUAAAGAAAACAACACGGUCAGCUAUUAUCCAUCAAAAACUUUAAAUAAUUAUCAAACACAGAUAUUUGAAAGGCCAAUACCAGUAUACACAAGUGCACGUUUCAAUCCAUUCUAUCGAGAACGCUUUCUAACCCAGCGAAAAAAAAGACUGACCAAAGAAUCUUUGUCGACCCUUUACUUAUGUCCUGUAAAAACAUCUCGCUUAAUGCCUCGAGUAGGUCUUGAUCUCAAAGGUCAGUGGUUGUACAUCGUCAAUGCACCAAAUGGAACUAAUUACACCCAAACAAUAGUUAGCGAAAUAUGCGAAAACGAGAUUUGUAAUGAUAUAUGCCAAUUGCCACUCGGCUAUACGUGUAAAUGUGAACAAAAUUAUGUACAAAAGAGGUUGGUAUCGCUCGAACCAACUGGAAAUCGGCUUGUUAACGAAAUCUAUCUGUUUCCACAUGGAUGUUCGAGCAAAAUCCUACUCAAUGAGUACGACUCUAGACCUUUAAUUAAAUAAUAAAUCAUUAAAAUCCAACUUUGA